UAAAUGUUUAAUUUCUGGAAUAGGAACAAACAGCUUGUCAAUCGAGUUGCUUCUCAGAGAUACUUUGCAAGGAGCGUUGCUAAAAGUGUUCCCUUUGCUGCUUCACAGGCAGCUGAAAUUUUUGGAGACAGAACCUUCAUUACUCCCACUCCAAUGGAAGAAUUUGAUGCUCAUAAGCAUAAAAUGGAAGUCAAGCACAAUAAUAUACAAGAAAUAAAGUGGCAUGACAGGACUGUAGGAAGGAAUAUAUUCAGAUUUGAGCCUCAAUUCCCCGAUUUUGAAAAUGGCUAUAGAAGAGAUGGCAGAGAUCACGAAUCUAAGAUUUUCAAAGCAGGUGCAGAAAAAGCAGCGAAUGAAUUUAAAAAGAGGGCCACUGAUAAUAUCGCUCUCACCAAGUUAAAGCAAAGACUUGUUAAGUCUAAAAAAACUGUUGAUAGUCAGAAAUCUGGACCAUCGGAGAUUGAAUUGCUUAUGAAAUCUAUGGACUAUAACCUUGAAUUAAACUAUGACCCUACUUUUGGAGAGAAAGAGACCCUCCUUGAGAUUAACCAAAGGCUUGAUGUUAAAAUGGAUAAUUUGAUUGAAAAGCUCACCAGACUUGAUUACAGAGAUUUCCUUGCUGUUAAUAAAUACAUCCUUGAAGCCAGGAAUUCUAAAGAAACACACUUACAAGCAAGAGCUCAUGUACUAGCAGCUGCUAUGAGGAGAAUCUCUCAGAAAAAGAGGAAUCAGAUUGACCAAGAACUUAAAAACAAGCACAGCUUAAGCGAUGAUGUAUCCAAUACUUCUUCUGACUUAGCUGAUUUUAGAAUCAAAGCGUUUAUGGAAGAAGACCCUCAUUUGAAGGAUGUUUAUAGAAAAUCCUACACUGAAAUUAAAGAAGAAAACACCAGAGACACUGCCGACCAAGAUCUUGACCAGUUCAUUGAUGAGGAAAUAUAUGAGGAGGAUGAAGAAGAUCAUUUACUUGAAAAAGAAUUUUACACCCAUAAGUAUGUGCAUUGGUUUAAGACUACCAAGGAGCUUAGACAGAUUUAUGAGCAAGAUAUUGGAUCUGCCCAGACUAAGGAAGCCAAAGAUAUUGCACAUGAUAAAUUCAUCAAUAUGAGGAAAAGAAUGCUUAGGAAAAAGAAAUUGGCUGUUAGUGUAGAAAGUCUUAGAGCAGAACUGCUUUAUAACCAUCGUAUAAAGUUAAUAACUAAACAGAAGAUGCUGGAAGAGCACAAAGAUAGGAUUGGACAACCUGGCUCAGAUUUUCUUGAAAAUGAAAUAUCUGAUUUAGAAAAAAUGUACAAUCAAAUCAAACGUGAUGAAUCUCCUAUUCUAAAGAAGGGAGAUGCUACAGAUGAGAUAUCUCAACAAUGGCUCGAAUUUAUGGAUAAAUUUUCAGCAAAAUAUUACGAUUCGAAGUGGAAAUGGUACCAAUCCACCAAGAUAAAGCAGAUCGUUACUAUGGAUGCUCGUGUUUCAGGCUUGAUCCAAGUUAUCAAUGAUAAUGAAGGAAAUUUGAAAGACAAAAUGGAAUAUAUGUAUAAUAGGAUCAAUGACCAUAAUGACAGGAAAGAAGUCAGGGACAUGAUCAGUGCUGAAAUUCACAAGAAGACAUCCAUUCAAGAUGUUGGAGAGGUUCUUGAUGAUCUUAUCAGAGAGUAUGAAGCUAACAACCCUGAAUACGAAGGAAAUAUUGAACCUGAAUCUCUAUAUAAAGAAUACACAUCUCCUGAGCUUUUCCCACAUUUAUACCAUGUUCUUGAGACUAGAAGAGUCAUUCCUUCUCAAUAUGAUGCAAGGGAAAGAGGAGAGGGCAAAAUUUUUAAAGAAACCUUUGAAGAGGUAGACAAGAACGACCAAGAAAGAGAUCAUAGUUUAGAGUCUCUUGAUGAGCACGAAAAGAUUGAGAUGCAGAUCUACUCGUCUAUCAAAAGGGAUCCUUACUACAAGCAUUAUGUCUACAACUGUCUGAGACAUGAGUCUGAGUACCUAAAUGCUAAAUCUAAUGACCUUUCUAUGGCUAUUGCUGCAGAUAACUAUAAUAUGAGAGUUAAAUUUGAUCCAAUCGAGAUUCCAGAUCUUGAGACAAAGGGGUAUUUGAGAGAUUUUGUUGAGAAGAUCACUAACGGAAAAGCUUGGGGAUCAGGUAGACGUAAGACAGCCAGAGCUAUUUGUGCUGUUAAGCCAGGAAGUGGGGUUAUUACUGUCAAUGGAAAACCAAUUCAGGAUUAUUUCCUUCUCCCUCAUCAGAGAAGGUUGAUAGUUGCUCCAAUCAAAACAGCUAAUUAUACCUCAGUUCUAGACUUUGAGUUAUGGGUAAAGGGAGGAGGUACCUCAGGUCAAGUUGGUGCUUGCCUUCCAGCCAUUGCUAAAGCUCUUUCUAGAUUUGACCCACAAGUCAGAAAGAAGAUGGAACUCCACAGAUUUGUCUAUAGUGAUGGAAGAGUGAGAGAAAGACAGCAUUAUGGUAAAAAGAGAGCAAGAAAGGGACGUGUCUACAAGAGAAGAUAA